ACGAGAUUGCUGGUGAAAAUUGACUCUCAGCUCGCGUGAGGGGUGCGUGGCCCUUUAAAUGUGUGUAAAAUUUAGUUCUGAUUCAUUUUAUAAGCUUUGAAUUUUAUUCUUGCUCUUGUCAACAUGCGAGGGUUCUGAAAACAGCUAAAUUUCGACCAAGUCAGCCGGAUUCAGGUCCAGCGUGUUGUCAUCUCAGGAGUAGGUCAAACAGGAAAAAUGAGUGAGUUGGAACAGUUGCGACAGGAAGCAGAACAGCUUCGCAACCAGAUCCGGGAUGCUAGAAAAGCCUGCAGUGACUCCACGCUUUCACAGAUAACGGCAUGUUUGGACUCGGUGGGGCGCAUACAGAUGAGAACGAGACGCACACUCAGAGGUCAUCUCGCCAAAAUCUACGCCAUGCACUGGGGCAGUGACUCCAGGUUACUAGUCAGUGCCUCCCAAGAUGGCAAACUGAUCAUAUGGGACGGUUACACGACCAACAAGAUGCAUGCUAUUCCGCUGCGCUCCUCUUGGGUCAUGACCUGUGCCUAUGCCCCAUCGGGGAACUACGUGGCCUGUGGAGGCCUCGACAACAUCUGCUCCACCUACAGCCUUAAAACCCGCGAGGGCAACGUCAGGGUCAACAGAGAACUGGCUGGACACACAGGUUAUUUGUCUUGCUGUCGAUUUCUUGAUGACAAUCAGAUCAUCACCAGCUCUGGUGACACAACAUGUGCAUUGUGGGACAUUGAGACGGGCCAGCAGACAACCAGUUUCACAGGACACACAGGUGAUGUCAUGAGUCUGUCGGUCAGUCCAGACUUAAAGGCAUUUGUGUCCGGGGCCUGCGACGCUUCGGCCAAACUGUGGGACAUCAGAGACGGGAUGUGUAGACAGUCUUUCACAGGCCAUGUCUCCGACAUCAAUGCUGUCUGCUUCUUUCCUAAUGGAAAUGCCUUCACUACGGGCUCAGACGAUGCCACCUGCCGGUUGUUUGACCUGCGUGCAGACCAGGAGCUGAUGAUGUAUUCUCAUGACAACAUUAUCUGUGGCAUCACCUCUGUGGCCUUCUCCAAGAGCGGACGCCUCCUGCUGGCCGGAUACGACGACUUCAACUGCAACGUCUGGGACACUUUAAAAGGAGAGCGCGUAGGUGUUUUGGCUGGUCAUGAUAACAGGGUGAGUUGUUUAGGGGUGACUGAUGAUGGAAUGGCUGUAGCCACAGGAUCAUGGGACAGUUUUCUUCGCAUCUGGAACUGAGAGUGCUCUUAAAAUCUCCAGGUGCCGUCUCUCUGUCUUUCCACAGCAGUUCAACUGUAUUCAAGUUAUUAGUCAGUACAAAUUUCAAUCGUGUGGGAGAGCCAAUCGUCAUAAUUGGCCUCAGGAAUCAUAAGAAGUGUCAUUGUGUAAAAUGUAAAUAUACAUGUACCAUGAUAUGGUAUAUAUGUACAGCAUUAUGUGUAUGUAUGUAUAUACCAUAUAGUAUAUACAUACAUAGUGUUCAUGUAUAUAUUUUUCUAGUUGCUCAUUUGCCCAUGACUUUUUUUUUUUUAUCUUUCAUUUUCUUGGAUUUUGUACUUUAUUUUGUGUAAAUAGAAAACAACGCUAAACAUGACAUAACGUUUAUCAAACAGAAGUGUGUGCAUUACACAAAGUUGGAAUGGUAUCAAAAGUGUAAAACAUGUCAUGAGUCUUUAUGCAGAAAACCUCAGUACAUGCGGUCUAGACAUUUACUUUUAUUUAAUCCACUAAAUCAUUCAUCAUUUAUGGGUGUUUGCAAAUAAGUUUUUUUCAUGGCCUUUAGAUUGUAUGUUAAAUUGAAGCAUUAUGACACCUUUACUGAAUGGUAAAUAAAACAAUCUAUAUGCCCUCAAAUUUUAGCCUUAAUUACUAGUGAUCAAAGUAGAUUAAUCCUAAUAAUAGAUUCUUACUCCUGGUGCUUACAAACGAAAAUAUGUGCUUUUAAAUAAUUGAUAACACUUUUUUUUUAUAUGUAUUUUUUUUAAUUUUUAUUAUUAUUCAUAAAUGCCCCCCUCCCCCCUUAUAAAUUUGAAGUGUUGCAGUAUACAGUAUGAUAAAUUUAAUGAAAACCCAUUUAAAAUAAAAAAUAAGUGAUUUAUAUUUUGAACAAAGAAAAUUAAUCGAAUUUUAGGACUUUAUUUCUUUACUUUUUUUUUUUUUUUUGCAUUGUAACAUUUUCAUGACGAUUAAGCACAUUUUCCCUUAAAAUUCUCAUUAACAUAAUACAUCUGAAUGUUUAAUUAUAUAAAUUUGUUUUCUUGUAAUACCCCUUAUUCACAAUGGUGAUUCUCCAUUAUUUUCUGAUUUAUGUAAUGCAGUUUUUUUUCUAUCAAUAAAAUCAUCAUAAAAAGCAGUACAGCAAAAACUACUAUAAUGUAUAUGUAUUUUACAAUUUAAAUAAUGUUUAAUUGUGGUUUUUCGCAGUAAUGAGCAUUGGUAGAGAUGUGCUUAAUUGUCAUGAAAUAAUGUUACAAUGCAAAAUGAACAAUUGUUCUGAAAAUAGUUUUUUUUUUUUUUUUAAGUGAAACAUUUAUUUAUUUUGAUUUUGGGGUGUUAAGUGACUCUGACAUGUUCUUGAGAGGUUUUUUUAAGAUUGUCCCAUGAUAAAACAUCUUUGUUUCAGCAUAUAAAUGUGAGCAGACAGGUGGACAUGAAUUACACUACCUGCUCAGGAUGAUUUACCUGCUCCCUGAAUCACUGCAUUUGAUCAAAUUAGAUUUGUAACAUGAAUUAAAAAAAAACAUGAUCAGAGAUAAAGCCAUUUACCCACUUUCGCCAUAUUUAUAAGUGCCAGAGUCCUGACUGUAUGUCUCUGUAUUUCUUGUGCACUUCAGUUUGUCAAAAAUUAUAUUGUUAACUCUCUUAACACCUCAUAACUGUGAAAUAGCAUUUAAGAACUUUUUCAGAAGUUUGUUAAUUUAAAAAAAUAUAUACACACAGUUGAAGUCACAAGUUUACGUACACCUUAGCCAAAUACAUUUUUUUAAAUUACAUUUAAUCGUAGAAAACAUUCCCUGUCUUAGGUCAGUUAGGAUCACUACUUUAUUUUAUGAAUGUGAAAUGUCAGAAUAAUAGUAGAGAGAAUGAUUUAUUUCAGCUUUUAUUUCUUUCAUCAUAUUCCCAGUGGGUCAGAAGUUUACAUACACUUUGUUAGUAUUUGGUAGUAUUGCCUUUAAAUUGUUUAACUUGGGUCAAAUGUUUUGUGUAUCUUUCCACAAGCUUCUCACAAUAAGUUGCUGGAAUUUUGUCCCAUUCCUCCAGACAGAACUGGUGUAACUGAGUCAGGUUUGUAGGCCUCCUUGCUCACACACGCUUUUUCAGUUCUGCCCACAAAUUUUCUAUCAGAUUGAGGUCAGGGCUUUGUGAUGGCCACUCCAAUAGCUUGACUUUGUUGUCCUUAAGCCAUUUUGCCACAACUUUGGAGGUAUGCUUGGGAUCAUUGUCCAUUUGGAAGACCCAUUUGCGACCGAGCUUUAACUUCCUGGCUGAUGUCUUGAGAUGUUGCUUCAAUAUAUCCACAUAAUUUUCCUUCCUCGUGAUGCCAUCUAUUUUGUGAAGUGCACCAGUCCCUCCUGCAGCAAAGCACCCCUACAACAUGAUGCUGCCACCCCCAUGCUUCACGGUUGGGAUGUUGUUCUUCGGCUUGCAAGCCUCACCCUUUUUCCUCCAAACAUAACGAUGGUCAUUAUGGCCAAACAGUUCAAUUUUUGUUUCAUCAGACCAGAGGACAUUUCUCCAAAAUGUAAGACUGUCCCCAUGUGCACUUGCAAACUGUAGUCUGGCUUUUUCAUGGCAGUUUUGCAGCAGUGGCUUCUUCUUGCUGAGCAGCCUUUCAGGUUAUGCCGAUAUAGGACUCGUUUUGCUGUGGAUAUAGAUACUUGUCUGCCUGUUUCCUCCAGCAUCUUCACAAGGUCCUUUGCUGCUGUUCUGGGAUUGAUUUUCACUUUUCACACCAGCAUACAUUCAUCUCUAGGAGACAGAAUACAUCUCCUUCCUGAGCAGUAUGAUGGCUGCGUGGUCCCAUGGUGUUUAUACUUGCAUACUUCUGUGUAUAAAUGUUUGUACAGAUGAACGUGGUACCUUCAGGCAUUUGGAAAUUGCUUCCAAGUAUGAACCAGUCUUGUGGAGGUACACAAUUUUUUUUUUUCUGAGGUCUUGUCUGAUUUCUUUUGAUUUUCCCAUGAUGUCAAGCAAACAGUCACUGAGUUUGAAGGUAGGCCUUAAAAUAUAUCUACAAUUAGCCUAUCAGAAGCUAAUGGUUAGGGUUAGCCUAUCAGAAGGUAAUUGGCUAAUUGACUAAAGGCUUGACAUAAUUUUCUGGAAUUUUCCAAGCUGCUUAAAGGCACAGUUAAUUUAGUGUAUGUAAACUUCUGACCCACUGAAAUUGUGAUGUAGUCAAUUAAAAGUGAAACAAUCUGUCUGUAAACAAUUGUUGGAAAAAUUACUCAUGUCAUGCACAAAGUAGAUGUCCUAAACAACUUGCCAAAACUGUAGUUUGCUAAUAUGAAAUCUGUGGAGUAGUUAAAAAGUGAGUUUUAAUGACUUAUACCUAAGUGUAUAUAAACUUCUGACUUACUGUAUAAAAAGGGAUCAGCUUGAAAAUAUGUUGUGGUAUUAAUAAGAAGUGUAUUUUUUGUUUUGAGUCCUUUUACAGUAUGAAGAUGCUUAUUUAGUAUAAAUAAACACCUUAUUUACCUUUCUAGAAUUAGUCAACACACCAUAGAGGAAUUUUUGCUUUGUUUUAAGAUAUUAGUUGACUGUGAAAAGAGAUGUCAUUAGUAGCAAUGUCUCCUUGAAAAUUCAACAAUUUGCACAGGAAGAUUGUCUGCUGGUAUUGUAACUAGUAUUGGUUAAAAGUAUUGCUUGAGAAUUCAUUCAGAUUUCUGUUUAUGGUAUUGUGGUUGACUGUAGAGGUUGACAGAUUGCCAAUCAGUGAUUUAUGUUUGUGGAUGUUUUAUAAUGAACAAGUUUAAAAUUUGAGUGGUUGGUUUCAGAUCAGCUGAAAUGGGCAGUUUUAACAUCUUGCCAUCACAAUUGUGGUUUUGAUUCUCCAUUGGCUGAAAUGUUGGAGCAAAAGUCUUUCAGUGCUUUGUCGAUUUUAAAACAAGUUGUUUGAGACAUUAUUUCCAUACCUGCUACAGGCCAAACCACUCAAAACUGAGCAACAAAAAAGCAUUUUAGUAUUACCAGUUAGAAGCCCAGUGCUUAAAGUGUUUAUAAGUAAUAGGCUUUUGGCUCAUUUGUAUCUAACAUAAUGUUAUUUUUAUUUUUGAGCCAAUGAAACCAGGAGUGUGGUGCCUUGUGUACUUUCACUGUGCCAUAUUUGCAAUUAAUCAAUUUAAUAACUUUUUGUUUCAACUUUUUUGGUAUUUGUAAAGUAACAUGGUGAUAAUGUUGCUAUACACUGAUAAUGUAACCAAUAAAACAAAGACUUUUAACCAAA